UUCCACUUUCUCUUUUUGUUUCUUCUUUUUCUCCAUGGGUCUCUUCUGAUUCCCCACCGCUUUGGUGCUUCUACCAUGGGGUGUUUCCUUGGUUGUUUUGGGGUUUCUACUAAAAGAAAACGUCGGAAGCCAGCCAACCGGAUUCUCCCUGGACCUGCAGAUUCAAGAUUCGUUAGAUAUGAACCCUUGGGUUCCUCUAAUUCUACAGAUGUUGACAUCAAGAAGAUCCCCUUGUCUCAAAAUCUCACCGUAUCUGAUUUGCAUGUUGAUUGCAGUAAUAAGCCUAAAAUCAGGAAGAAAGUGAGCUUUAACUUGAAUGUUCAAACCUAUGAGCCUAUUCCGGAUGAAGAAACAACUACGUACCAGUUCUUAAAGAGUGUUGAAGAAGAAGAAGAGAAGGAAAAGAAUGGAGGAGAAGCUGUUUCGAGUUCAUUGCAGAUGAAUGUUUAUCCAAGCAACUACAGAUACCAAAACUGUAGAGACAGCUAUGAUGAAGAAGAUGGAAUGUUGUAUGAGGAAAGUGAUCUAGAAGAAGAUGAUGAUCAAUUUGAAUCUCUAAACAUGGAUUCAACAAAGGAAGAUGACUUGAUUCAAUCGGAUGAUUCAACAGAUGGGAAUGCAAGGACCACGAGCCAAUAUCUAUGUUCCGUGCUGAAUCCGGUGGAAAACACAACUCAGUGGAAAGACAUCAAAGCUAGAGCAGCCUACCCGAAGCAGAAGGAGAAUGUUGCAGCAGAGGAAGAAUCACAAUUACAAUCAAAGCCCCUUCUGCAAGAGAUAGCAGUCGAUGCUAGCCUCUCCAAUUGGUUGAUCUCACCGCAGCAAUGGAAGAAAAGCAUAUCAGACAGGAAAAGUGGAGAGGAUGGGGUGAUCUUAGAUAUCACCAACAUAUAGUUUUCAAGAGUGCAAUGAAAAGUAUUAAGAAUUAAGAUCCAAGCUUAUUUAUGAAGCAAAGGCAGCAGCAGCAAAUUACUUUUUCUCCUGUAUUCUAAGUUUAUGAUGCAAAGUUUGGUGUAUUGAUUGAUUGUUUGUCAGUUUUCAUUCUUUGAUUCAUUUUAGAAUUUGGUAUCCCUACUCAAUCUAUC